AUGAGUGCGCCGAAGCCGGAGGGGUUAGUACCCGCAGAUAUACAUUACGACGUGGAUGAGGCUGUUCGAUACCACAAGUCGAGUCGGAACAAUGAGAUUCAGCGCGCACUGGCGCAACGUUGUUUAGAAUUGUUGGAGCUGGAUGUGACGUGUGUGGAGAGCGUGCCAUUGGUGUUGGACAUUGGAUGUGGGAGUGGGUUGUCCGGCGAUAUAUUAAGCGAGGCGGGUGUGCCUUGGAUCGGGAUGGAUUUGUCUCAGUCGAUGUUGGAGAUAGCCCGAGAGGAAAGAGCGGACGCGGAAUUGUUACGCGCGGAUAUCGGGGAGUUACAGAACGUCGUACCAAACACGUUCGACGGUGCCAUAUCCGUUUCCGUUAUACAGUGGUUGUGUCACGCGUUCACGUCUGAGCAAGAGCCUCUAAGGCGGUUGCGGCAGUUUUUCCAGUGGCUGUAUAAUGCCCUUAACAAGUCCGCCCGUGCAGUCUUCCAGUUCUACCCCAGUCAUCAGUCGCAGGUCGAUAUGAUUGGUAAAGCCGCCUCUCAAGUCGGCUUCUCCACCUACUUCCUCAUUGACAAUGCCGAGUCCACAAAGAAAAAGAAAGUCUUCCUCAUCGUCACCAUUGGCCAACCCGAGGCACGCUCUCUCGUCGGCUCCACCAUGGCCGCCGCUAGCAAUAGCCCCCGAGCCGCCAAGCACAAGGGCCGCCAAAAGCCACAAAGCAGAAAGGAGUGGGUGGUUAAAAAGAAAGAGAAAAUGCGCGCCCUGGGAAAAGAAGUAAAAUCUGAUUCCAAGUACACUGGACGUAAACGAAAAGACCGCCUAUAA